AGGCGGGCGGCGCAGGGCUGGGCGCAGAAGGGCUCCAGCCGCGGCGGCAGAAGGCAACAGCCUCGCUCUGUCUCUCCCUCUCUCUCUCUCCUCAGGGUGUAGCCAGACCUUGUGGGGCCCAAAGGGAGACCCUCCAGUCCAGCUCAAGGGGCAGCAUGCAUCUGGAGGAUGGCUGAGGCUGGCCACCGCAGCAACGCCACAAUCACUGCCCAUGGUGGCUCCUCCGGGCAAGGAAUGCCUGCAGUGUGGGGAGCACUGCUUUGCUUUUUCCUGGUGGCAGCGGUCAGCAGCCUCCCCUCAGCUCGACCACCUGCUUCGGACUCUCAAAGCAGGUUUACCAGAGAGCCAUCAGGUUAUUUAAGGAGCAAAACUGACUUCCUUGAAGAAUUGGUGGUUGGAAGUGGCGACACCCUUGAACUCCUGUGUAAUGGUCCAGGGUCAUCUGUGUCUGUCUUCUGGUAUAAAGAUGGGAUUGGAAUUUCGCCUACAAAUCGAACUCAUAUUGACCAAAAAUUGUUGAGGAUUAUCAAUGUGUCCUAUGAUGAUUCUGGCCUGUAUAGUUGUAAGCCAAGGCACUCUAUUGAAAUGCUCAGGAACUUCACAGUACAGGUGACAGAAUCACCAUCAUCCGGUGAUGAUGAAGAUGAGGAUGAAGAUGAUGAGGAAUCUGAAGAUGGAAUUGCUCCAUACUGGACCCGUCGUGAAAAAAUGGAAAGGAAACUACUGGCUGUACCUGCUGCAAAUACCAUUCGGUUUCGUUGCCCAGCUGCUGGCAAUCCAACACCUUCUAUCUAUUGGCAGAAAAAUGGCAAGGAAUUCAGAGGAGAACAUCGUAUUGGGGGCAUCAAACUCCGGCAUCAGCAGUGGAGUCUCGUCAUGGAGAGUGUUGUUCCAUCAGAUCGCGGCAACUACACAUGUGUAGUGCGCAACAAAUAUGGCGUCAUUUGGCAUACUUACCAGCUUGAUGUUCUUGAAAGGUCACCUCACCGUCCUAUUCUUCAAGCGGGAUUGCCUGCUAACCAGACAGUGGUGAUGGGAAGUGAUGUUGAAUUCCAUUGCAAAGUAUACAGUGAUGCCCAACCUCACAUCCAGUGGUUGAAACAUGUGGAAGUCAAUGGAAGCAAAUAUGGACCAGAUGGAACUCCUUAUGUCACUGUACUAAAGUCUUGGAUCAGUAAAAACGCUGAAGCCGAUGCUAACCUAUAUCUGUUCAAUGUGACAGAACACGAUGAAGGAGAAUAUCUAUGUAGAGCCAGCAAUUUCGUAGGCAGAGCCGAAAAAUCAUUUUGGCUCCACAUUCGCAAAUCAAAACCAGCAGAGAAACAGCUUUCAGCGGAUGACUCGAGCUCUCUUUAUGCAAGCAUCCUCAGCUAUGGAGCUGGUGUUGUUCUCUUCAUAUUGGUGGCAGUGGUGAUAAUUAUUUAUAAAAUUAAAAGACCAGCCAAAAUGCCUGUAAAUGCCACCACUAUUCAGAAAGUCUCCAAGUUCCCACUCAAGAGACAGGUAACAGUAUCUUUGGAAUCCAACUCUUCAAUGAAUUCCAAUACUCCACUAGUCAGGAUCACCCGCCUUUCAUCCAGUGAAGGACCAAUGCUGGCAAAUGUCUCAGAGCUUGAACUGCCUUCUGAUCCCAAGUGGGAAUUGGCAAGAUCUUGUCUGACCUUAGGGAAGCCUUUGGGUGAAGGUUGUUUUGGUCAAGUAGUGAUGGCAGAAGCAAUGGGCAUCAAUAAAGAGAAACCAAAUAAGCCUAUCACAGUAGCUGUCAAGAUGUUGAAAGAUGAUGCAACUGACAAAGAUCUUUCUGACUUAAUCUCAGAAAUGGAAAUGAUGAAAAUGAUUGGAAAGCACAAAAAUAUUAUUAAUCUGUUGGGAGCCUGCACACAGGAUGGCCCUCUCUAUGUUCUGGUGGAAUAUGCAUCGAAAGGGAACUUGCGAGAAUACCUUAGAGCCCGUCGUCCACCUGGCAUGGAUUACUCUUUUGAUACCUGCAAGCUACCUGAGGAACAAUUAACAUUUAAAGACUUGGUCUCGUGUGCCUACCAAGUAGCACGUGGAAUGGAAUACCUGGCAUCUCAAAAGUGCAUCCAUAGAGACUUGGCAGCUAGAAAUGUCUUGGUCACUGAAGAUAGCGUGAUGAAGAUAGCUGAUUUUGGACUUGCUAGAGAUGUUCACAACAUAGAUUAUUAUAAGAAAACAACCAACGGUCGGCUGCCUGUGAAAUGGAUGGCUCCAGAAGCUCUGUUUGACCGGGUCUACACUCACCAGAGUGAUGUUUGGUCCUUUGGAGUGCUGCUGUGGGAGAUCUUCACUUUAGGAGGUUCUCCAUACCCAGGAAUUCCUGUUGAGGAACUCUUCAAACUCCUAAAAGAAGGCCAUCGAAUGGAUAAACCCGCAAACUGUACCCAUGAUUUGUACAUGAUUAUGAGGGAGUGCUGGCAUGCAGUACCUUCACAGCGGCCAACAUUUAAACAACUAGUUGAAGAUCUGGAUCGGGUUUUGACAGUAACCUCAACUGAUGAGUAUCUUGACCUGUCGGCACCUUUUGAACAAUAUUCUCCCGCAGGCCAGGAUACACACAGUGCCUGCUCUUCAGGAGAUGACUCUGUAUUUGCACAUGAUCUUCUCUCCGAUGAACCCUGUCUUCCAAAACAACAAGCAAAUGGCAUCAUCAUCAGGACAUGAUGGCAGACCCUCAAGAAAGAAUCUCUUGAAUGUAUGUUUUGAGCAGGUCAGGAACAAAACCCAGAGGGAGAUUCUGUUAUUCUCUCCAGGACACAGAAGAUUUGUAUACUUGUGAAACUGUAGCAUAGAGCCCAUUCCCCACUUGUUCAAUUAUAAAAAGAACCAAAUGGUUCAGAAGCACUGUUUGGUCAAAAAGAACCUACUUUUUUGCAGGGAAGUAGCAUCCUAACAAUUAGUAUUACACCUAGAUCUGGGGUGGGCUCCAUGCUAGCACUUGCGUAUUUCUCUGGGCCUCAGAGCUCCUUCCCCACUGCCAGCACAAACACACACUACAUCAGGCUUAUGCACCGCCUAGACCCCUGCGUAUGUUAUGUUUGAAAAGGAGCUUUUAAAGCUAUAUGGCCCUCUGGUCAUUUGAGGUUUCAGCGAGGGCUUGGAGAUGUAGCCUGCAGUAAGUCACAUGGCUGGCAAAUAAAUUUCUAGAACCAUCAACAAUACCCAUCCCUAAACCCUGGGGCAGGGGUGUCAAAUUCAUUUUCACCGAGGGCCACAUCAGCCCAAUGGUUACCUUCUAAGUGCUGUUUGUAAUUGUCAGGCUGUAUAAAUGAAACUAUAUUGCCCUGGCAUUGAAAGAUUUGUGGGCCACAUAAAAUGACGUGGUGGUCAAAAUUCUGCCCACAAGCCUUGCAUUUGACACAUGUGCCCUAAGGGCUGAACUUCCACCUUGAAUGCUACAGUCACCAUUAUGUGCCUUUAAUGUCAGGAAUGAGAAAAAGAAAUGCUAUGCGUCCGUAAGAGAAAUGUGUGUAAACAGUGUAGUUCUUUUUACCACGCGGUGAAUACACAAAUCUUUUUCGUGGAACUUGAAAGCUAUGUUGCCUGCAGGGAUUCAUACUUAUGUAAAUAGUUAGGCUGGAACUCAUUAAGGCAGGUAAAAAUGGGUAACACAUCGACGGCUGGGUUAUAUUCAUGAUCCCUAUAUAUGCAACUGAUUUAGGGGAUAUGUAGGAACCAAUAAAGUUCCCCAGUCCACACUUAAAGGACAGUGGUUUCUGCAAACAACAUCAAUCUGUCCCCCUGUUCAUCAAGAAGCAGCCAACGAAUGUAGCCACCUCACCCUCUCCUGCAGGCAAUCUCCACUAUGAGAAGGAAUUGCAACAGGGACUGUUCUUCUUGCUGAUAUAGCAGAAGUCUCUCAUGGGAGAAGAUGGGAAUGUCAGUCAGCUAUUUCCUAAGCAAUAUGCAGAAAGACCCUAGUCGAACACAAGGACAACUGCCCUGUAAAUGGAAAUUGAGGGGGUUCAUGCUGAGAGAUAUAACUAUAGUGGUGAGGGAGUUCCAGCCCUAAUUAUUAACCUAUUUGCCAUCUAUUUUGGAGGAAUUUAAAAGCCAUUCUGAAGAAUUAAUAAUUCUUGAAAUGCAUCAGGCCUCUUUUGAGGUUGCAUUGGUUUUGCCUCUUGCACUAGCAUCAGGAACAGAAUAAGUGAAUGUAUGCAGACAGGAGAGAACACUAAAGACUUGGAGAUGUUGCAAGCUGUCGUAAAUGGAUCGUGGUUUUGUGUAUGAGCGUCUUGUGAUUACUUUGCCCUAAAUUAUUCCAGGGAAUUGUUUAAAAAUCAUGAACAGUGUUGGAUACAAAUCUUGCUAUUUGCUAUAUUUAUUUACUUACAUUCUGAUAUGCAGAAAUAAUUUAGAUGGGAGCCUCAAAGUUCUCACAUUGGAUUUCUGCCACCUUUCCCCAGAAAUCUCCUAGCAAUUUCCAUCUCCCACGAAUACUUGGAGAAAAUAAUUACGGGUACCUGUAGGCAAGCGCCUUUUAACUUAUCAAAAAGUUCUGUUUCCUAGAGUUGUGUGUAUGUGUAUGUGUGCACGUGUAUCAAAACUAUAAAUAUGUAUUUGUGUGUAUAUGAGAAAGUAAUAUUGCAGAUGAGAUAGGCUGAAAGAGAACUUCUCCAAGUUAAAAAAAAAAAAACCUUCCAAUCUAGGAUAUACUGAUUUAGGGAAAGAGAUUUGCUUUGUUUUUCCUACAUUUUAUUUUUAAAAAGUUAUAUCUUAACAUCCUGUAUAUUUGUAAAAUUAUUUAUAGUUAUUAACAGUGGUUCUUUUCAUUGGUUUAAAUAUGUUAGUAUUAAUGUAUGCAUUUCGUUGUUGUUGUUUUUUGCCAGAUUUAAAGUCUUAACUUAUUGCAAGUGCAGAAAGAUACAUUAUUUUUUUUCUUCUGCAUUUAUGGGAAAUAUUAAAAUAAUGUAUAGCUGUACAGUCAUUUAACAGAUUACUUUUAAAACUUUUAAUGUAUUUUCUUAAAGUUUUCCUGGGUUGACUAUAAAUACACACAUUCUGCAACACAUUAGAAUUACAUCUAAGCAGAUGUUGACAAAGAUUAUUUUUACUUUUGUGUAAGAGCCAAGAAAAUUUCAUCACAUUUACCACUGUGCAUUAAGGAGGUAAUGUGUGCAUUUUCCCUCUUUUUUUUUAAUGAAAGUACUCUUGUGGUUCACUGAAUAACAAAUUUGCAGCAAAAUUGAAUGUUGAUUGUAAGAGUGUGUGCACCUGGGUAUGUGUGCAUGACAUUUGUUUUCUCUUCUCAGAUCCAUUUGCAUUGUCAAAUGGAGACAAAACAAAAAUAUAUAUUUAAUUUAUAUGUGGAGAAGAUCUUGAUGGUUUUAUAGCCUUUAAACCUAACAUUUUGUUUGGGAAAAUGCCAAGUUUUGUAGAUGAGAGUUCUGUAUGUGCUGGAUAACUCUGUCAAAGCAUUUAGCUAACAAGAAAAACAUGGAAUGGAGUGAGAUUAAGAAAGUUGUAUUUGUAAGAAACGUUUAACCUUACUACCACCAAGAAAUGCCUUUAGUGAUCCUAUGGUCUUUUCUGUAUAGAUCCGUUGCUUUACCAGUGUAACAGGAUGGCCACCAUUCCUGUUAAGUAUUCAUUUUUAAAUAAUACAUUGAUUUAUCAAAAUAGAAAAUUUAUAGAUUUUAAGUUGAAAAGAGUUUUUUAAAAAUAGAUUUAUAUAGAUGAUUGUGUUUUUGAAAUAAAGACUUGUGAUAUUUUCUUACUUUGUAUGCUACUUUUGUACAUGCAUUCCAUGAAUCUGAAGAAUUGCUAUUCCAAUCCAGAACAGUGAACACAUGUGUGCCUGAGUUUAAUAGUUAUUAUAAAUGUAUAUAUAUAAAAUUUACUGAGUUUUUACAAAGAUGCAUUGGUUGUAAGCUUGUUCAUUCUUUAACAAUUUUUUCAGUUUGUGUAUAGUUAUAUAGACAAAACUUUUUAAAGCAUAAACAUGUCUUAAAACUUUUUUCCCUGCAGAUGUUGCAAGCUAUUCAUUUUGGAUAUUUUAAUAUUUUGAUAAACACCUUUUUAGUUCCAAUAUUGUCUGUAUUUUGCUUAUUUUGCAGUCAUUGAAAGAUGUGAAACAGUCUAUUCUUGUUUUCAUUUAUCUGGCCUAAAAAUAAAAAAGAACAUUGAAUGUAA